CUUCGAACGACUCAGAAGAAACGCGCAAUAACACAAAGACGUCCGCAACGUCUGUGCUUCUUUUGCUAUCUGCGAGAAAUCUACGUAUACAUACGUAUCGGGGAAGCGUAUGUACUGAACCGAACUGAGUGUAUGAAUCUAUGCACAUACAGACACCGUUCGAAGUUCGUCUUCUCACCCUCUUCCGAGACUCGGAAUCUACGAUGACCGCACAAAGGGAAACCUCCCAACCAUAUCGGCUUGGCGGAAUUUCGGGAGAACCUGUGCAGUGGCAACUCAGACAAGGAAACGAAGACUUAGGCCUUGAUUCGUGGAAUGUCUACGCUCUAGACCAUUAGGUCACUAAUGAGGGGCGACCCUGUUAUUCCGCAAUUCCUUUACUUUGUCGAGGCACCCCUCAAUUGCCUUCCUUGAUGAGCCGUUUCGCAUUCGUCGUAGAUUAUCACCAGGGCCGACGUGUCUUUCAUAUGUUAAUGUUAAUGUUAGUGAUAGGAAGUAGCAUUCCCUCCGAGCCGUCUUUAUAAGAUACUUUGAUAUUGAUUGGCAGAAGGAGCUCACCUCAAACGUCACCACUUUAUGAUUAGAUGCGUACGUUCGUCAUGUUUGGGAAGAUGAGAAGCUGCCGGAUAGGCCCAUGAUACACGCUACACGAUGGGUUCCUCGUCUUCCUCAUCCAUCCAUCGUGUAUUCACGGAAGUCAAGCUUAGGAACACUCGACGUACGUCGUGAUUUUGCGGGUCAGACGAACUUCCACGGACUUAGUACUUGGAUAGGAUGAGAUAGGAUAGGUUCGAUUCAAUUCGAUUCGUUCAUAUGUACGUCGUUGUAUAUCUAUAUCUACAUCUUUCUACUUCAAGUUUCUCUCUUCGCAGACGACUCGAUUCGACUUGGAUUCGGAAGCUUGGUAUCCCGAAUUCCGUAUCCGUGUGCUUAUCGGUUUCCGGUUUCUACAUGGUAUUACUCAUGCGAUCUCGGGAUGACGGCAUAUGCGAACACGAGCAUACAAGUGAGAAUCAAGGUCGAAGUACAUAUCGAGCGAGAUCUGGACUUUUGCUUCGAGGUAGGGAAGCUAGACUUCUGUUUCCAGGUCUACAAGCUGAUUAGUAUUAUAUUACUCAUGCGAUCCCGGGAUGACGGCAUUAUGAGUGAGAACCGAGGUCGAAGAAUAUAUCGAGCUGGAUCUAGCCUUUGG